AUGCCUCUCCGUCGUAGUAAGAUAUUAGUAAAAUGGAUCUACGAGAACCAGCACAAGAUGCAAACCCUGCGUCGCUGCAGCUCGACUCUCCGGUACAAGGAGUUAGAAGAAAACAGCGUACAAGCCACCCUAGAGCACGUGGCUCCCGUUGAAGCCGGUGCACCUACGCACCAACCACGCCCAGAUACCACACCUGAUAUAUCUUUCAAGUAUGACGACCUCAGGGUGUCUCUGGCGGCGCCGUACCAGUUACAGAGGAAGCCGGAAGCUGUGGAUUUGGGCUUCGGGAAGUACUUCACUGAUCACAUGCUCAAAAUCAAUUAUCACACUGAGUUGGGUGGGUGGCAAAAACCGGAGAUAACGCCUUUCGAAAACUUGUCGAUACACCCCGCGGCGAAGGCUUUGCACUAUGCCGUACAACUAUUUGAAGGAUUAAAAGCAUACCGGGGGGUCGACGAUAAGAUUAGAUUGUUUCGACCUGAAUUGAACAUGGAAAGGAUGAAUUUGGCAGCAAAACGCUCGGGGCUGCCCAUGUUUGAUGGCGAGGAGCUGAUUAAAUGCAUCACAAGAUUGGUUCAGAUUGAUCAAGAGUGGGUCCCACAUUCGGAGACUUCCACGCUUUACAUCCGUCCCACUUUAAUCGGAACUGAGCCCACCUUCGGCAUAGUGGCGCCGGAAACGGCCAUGCUUUUUGCGAUUUUGAGUCCAGUGAGUGCCUACUACAAGACGAAUUCGGAUGGCGCCGUUUCAAUAUACGCUGAUCCUAACGUCGUGCGUGCUUUCCCUGGUGGGGUGGGCAAUAGAAAAGUUGGCUCUAACUAUGGACCGACGAUCGAGAUAACGUCGCAAGCUUCAAAAUUGGGACAUCAACAAGUAUUAUGGCUCUUCGGGCCAAAUCAGGAACUAACUGAAGUGGGUGCAAUGAACAUCUUCCUUGUUUACAUCAAUGAACAUGGAGAUAAACAACUGAGCACGCCUCCAUUAAAUGGCCUGAUACUGCCGGGCGUGACGAGGAGGUCCAUACUCGAGCUGGCGAGUCAGUGGGAGGACAUCACAGUCAAAGAGGAAGUCAUGACUAUGGACAGGGUUAUAGAGCUGAAGAACCAGGGCAGGUUACUAGAGAUGUUCGGAGCUGGAACAGCUGUAAUAAUCACGCCAAUCAGUAACGUCGGUUACCUGGACAAAAACAUUCACGUACCUACCAUGAAGCAGAAACACGCUGUAUACCAGCGGCUCAAGGACACGCUAUUGGCGAUCCAAUACGGGCAUAUAGAGCACCCCUACGCCAAAAUAAUAACGUAG